AUGAGUCCUACAAAGGAGUUUAUUAUGGAAAGAAGGCUCGGACAGGGAGACCCAUUUUCUCCCUUUUUGUUUCUGAUAGUUGUUGAAGAGCUGUCAGGCAUGGUCAAGAAAGUGAUGGAAAUUGGAGAAUUCUCUGGGUUCAUGAUUAAGGAGGAACGUGUUAUCGAUAUAUUGAAGUUUGUAGACGAUACCUUGCUGGUUGAUAAUGGUAAUUGUAGUCAAGUGUGGUCUCUUAAAGCGAUUUACAUAUGGUUCAAAUUGGUGUCGGGUCUCAGAGUCAAUUUUCUUAAGAGUAAGCUGAUUGGUAUUAAUACUAGCCCUCAUUUCAUAUCUGCUGCUGCAAACUUUUUGUUUUUUAGGAUUGAAGAAACAAAAUUUUCUUUUCUUGGUUUACCUAUCGUUUCAAUACCAAGGAGAAUCUCAUCGUGGCUUCCGUUGAUUAGAAAGAUAAAGGCUCGCCUAUCUUGUUGCAAAUGGAGGUUUCUCUCUCUGGGAGGUAGAAUUACUUUGCUGAAAUUGGUUUGGGGCGACUUCGAGAUUUAUGAUGAGUUUAGUCCGGCAGUGUCGGGUAGUUUGCAUGAUUUACGGCAACUCUUCUCAGCGGUAUCCUUGACGAGAGAAGGUGCCAACUCUGUGGUUUGGAAGUACAACGUGUUGAUAGGUUAUACAGUUAAAUUAGGAUAUGCUUCCCUGAAUGGAUUCGUUACAACGUAUGAUACAAAUUAUGUUUCUAUUAGGCAGAAGGUGUAUGGUAAGACUUGA